CUUUACCAAAUUAACUAUUCGACAUUUCAACACAAUCAUCUAGUCUCCAUCUAGACUCUGGAUUCAAACUUCCGCAGUCAUCAUUAACAACAGCUGGGAUCAACGUGGUCAUUAAGUGUGGCUACGAUACUACUGGAACAGCCGGAUUGUUGGAUGCAAAAAAUAUAAAACAAAGGCAAAAAUAUAUAUAUAUAUCAGGAGAAUUCCAGGACGUUUGUGUAAACACAGUAGAGGUGAUAAAUCCAAUACCACUAUAAGAAAUUGUUACAGAACCCAGAAAACAGCCAGGAAUUAUGUCGACGAGCCUUCUCACUGACAGGCAACGUGAGGAACUUCACAAGGCCAUUCUGGAUUACUUGAGCGCCAGCGGAUUUACACAGUCGUUCCAAAUGCUCAGGACUGAGACUCACAACCAGGACUUUACACCAACACCAAAAUCUGCUGGGUUAUUGGAGAAGAAAUGGACAUCGACAAUCCGAAUGCAGAAAAAGAUCAUGGAGCUUGAAAAACAGGUGCUUGCGUUGCAGGAGGAACAGAAAAAUGCGCCGAUCAGAAAAGUAACAGAUUCAUCGGACUAUAUCCCCCGAGCGCCCGAGCUCCACACAUUGACUGGCCAUCGCAGUCCCAUCACGCGCGUCGCCUUUCAUCCUGUCUUUGGCGUCAUUGCCUCUGCAUCCGAAGACACAACAAUACGAAUCUAUGACUAUGAGACGGGAGAAUACGAACGGUCGCUUAAGGGACAUACCAAGGCUGUUCAAGAUAUUUCUUUUGAUCCUAGAGGCAACUUUUUAGCAUCAUGCUCGAUUGAUUUGAGUAUUAAAGUCUGGGAUCUUCAACAGGAUUACAAAUGCGUCAAAACCCUGGUUGGACAUGAUCACAGCGUGUCUUCAGUAGUAUUUUUACCUUCUGGUGAUUCAAUUGCAUCUGCAUCCCGGGAUAAAACUAUUAAAAUUUGGGAGCUCGCUACAGGAUUCUGUGUCAAGACAAUUAUAGGACAUACUGAGUGGGUUCGAUAUGUUCAGCCAAGCCAGGAUGGGCGUCUCCUUGUCAGCGCGUCAAAUGACCAGACUGCACGCGUUUGGGAUGUGGCAACAGGCGAAUGCAAGGGUGAAUUCAGAGGCCAUGAUAAUGUAGUAGAAUGUGCUAUCUUUGCACCAGUGGAGUCUUAUCCUUUCAUUAAGGAGCUAAUCGGCAUUGAUCCAAAGGUCAGUGCCAGAGAACAACCCCUUCCUGGCCAAUUCAUAGCCACGGCAUCCAGAGACAAGACGAUCAAACUUUGGGACUCUACAGGAAAUUGCAUCGCUAAUUUUGUUGGGCACGACAAUUGGGUCCGUGGUCUGGUCUUCCAUCCAUCUGGAAAGUAUCUUCUGAGUGCAGCUGACGAUAAGACAAUCAAAAUCUGGGACUUAAAGGCAGGACGAUGCAUGAAGACAUUGGAGGCACAUCAACAUUUCGUGACUUGUAUCGCCUUUAAUACUAUACAUCCGGUCGUAGCAACAGGCUCAGUGGACCAGACUGUGAAAUUGUGGCAUUGUCGCUGAUGAUUUGUUGGCAUUAUUCAUUUAAUAAAGCAUUCGCAAAAGGUUCUACAUGGCUGGACUCGUCUUUAUGGCGAUGUGCUGAGUAUGGAUGAUUUACUCAAGCAUUUUAAUGAAUUGUUUACGUAGUAACGACCGCAAAACUGCCACCAAUAGAGAUUAUUAUUAUUAUCAUUUUUUAUCAGACAAGAAGAAUAGGUUAAUCUUAACCAAAAUGGAAUCAAUGAUAACGCGAUC